GAAAGAAACAUUAAGAAAAAAAAUGUUUCAACUUCCAAAAAAAAAUUGAUACUUCACUGGUGGUAAAUACUUAUACAGUGUUCACAUCAAGGUGCACAUGUAUAUGUAUGUAAAAGUAUAUAAAAAUAAAUGAUAAAUAUAUAAAUAUAUUGUUAAUUAGUAUUAAAUAACAUUUUUGUUCUAAAUAAUACAUGAAAGAUAAAAUUAAAAUUAAUUAAAAAUUAAAAAGGCUUUGACUCUGAUAUCCGAAAUAAUUUAGAAUUUUAAAGAAUAUCUGAUUUGAUCCGUAAAUAAAAUAAAAUUUAAAAAAUAAUUGAAAAUUUUAAUAAUAACAUUUUAUUACAAAAAUAAAAUAUUAUUUAACUUUUUAAAUUUUAAUACCUAAUAUAAUAAAUUUAAUCCAUAAAAAUAUUGUAAAACUUAUAUAAACUAUAAUAUAUAUAACAUAUAUAUAUAUAUAUAAUUCUGUACAUAUAUGUAUAUAUAUACAUAUAACAGAUCAAAUUUGAUAUCCGUUUCUAAAAAUAUUGGUAUUUGUGAUUUGUUUUUUUUUUAAUUGUAUUUUAGUAGUUGAUUUGCUUCGUAUAGUUACGAUGUCCAUAUUUUUUUGUUCAAAUCAAAACGGAUAACGAAUUGAAUCAAAACUUAUAAAUAUUUUGCCCAACUUUAUCCGUAAACAAUAAAAAUAAUAUAUAUAUAUAUAUAUAUAGUUUAGUUUUUGAUUCGUUAUUUGUUUUGAUUCGAACCGAAAAAUCCAAAGUUUUAUUUGAACCAUGCACAUAAGUUUUAUAUUAAAAAAAAUAAAAAAGUAUAUAGUGUGAACACAUUUAUGAAUAUAGUGUGAACGCGUUAACAUAUUUAUUAUCAAAUCAUUGUGAGGCUGCCACGUGUAUAUUAUAGUGUGAAUGCAUUUAUUACAAUGCUUCUCCUUUAAUAUAUAAGGGAUUUGUAUUAGUUUUACACUAAAUUAGAUUUACACAUCCAUUCAAAUCUUUAGUAAAUCAGUUAUUUCAAUAACAACAAGGGUAUAAAAAGAUUAUAAUAGGAGGAAAGGAACUAUUCAACCUGAAAAGGAGAUUAGUGUAGAAUAUGGUAUGCACGAUACUAAUCAAAUAUUCACGAGAUACAUGAGCCCUUUUAUUUUAACAUUAGCGUCCUGUCAUGUACUCGUUUUGCUGUCUGAAAGAGAAUUUAUAUAUUUAUUAAUACUUGACCAUAAAUUCACAUAUAUGUGUAUAAAUAUCCAUUUUGUGGAUAGUAAACACAAAGUUGCCUCUUCUAAUCCUCUUUGACCACUAUUUCUUUCUCUGUCUUCCUCAAAAACUCAUCCCCAGAGAUAUGGCAGAACUAAGUUUUUAUGUCGGAGUCAUAGGAAAUGUAAUAUCAGUGCUUGUCUUCCUCUCUCCUGUUGAGGCGUUUUGGAAGAUAGUGAAACGGAGAUCGACGGAGGAGUAUGAGUGUUUGCCGUACAUUUGCACGUUGUUGGGUUCGUCGUUAUGGACAUAUUAUGGAAUAGUGACACCUGGAGAAUACUUGGUUUCGACGGUCAAUGGAUUUGGAGUUCUUGCUGAAUCCAUCUAUGUUCUCAUUUUCCUCUUCUUUGUCCCAAAACCUAGAUUCUUGAAAACAAUUACUUUGGUUCUAGCUCUGAACAUUCUUUUCCCAGUUAUAGCAAUUGUGGGAACAAGAACUGCGUUUGGAGAUGCAAAAACGCGUUCUAACUCAAUGGGUUUCAUUUGUGCUACUCUCAACAUUAUCAUGUAUGGUUCUCCUCUUUCCGCUAUUAAAACAGUUGUGACAACGAAGAGCGUGAAGUACAUGCCGUUUUGGCUAUCGUUUUUCCUCUUCCUAAACGGCGCGAUUUGGGGUGUUUACGCUUUACUCGUACACGAUGUUUUUCUACUAGUGCCAAACGGAAUGGGCUUCUUCCUUGGGACAAUGCAACUCCUAAUUUAUGCGUUUUACAGAAAUGCCAAACCAAACGUAAAAGAUGAAGAGGAAGCCCUCGCUCCAAGUCAACCUCUCCUUUCUUAAACAUAAUUUGUAUGAAUGAAUAAAAAAUCUAUGUAUUUUUUUCUUUUGGCGAGUAUUCAUUGAUAGUAUCUAAUUUGUUUUUACAUAUCCGAGCGUGAGUACAUGUGUGACAUUGAAGGAUUUGAUUAUAAAUAUGUUUUUUUGGAAGAUUA